AUGGACGCCAUUCCACCCGAGUACGAUAAGGAGACAAAGGAGCGGAUCUACCGCCAGGAGUGGUUGGAGUACUUCAACUAUAUUGGCUGGGAGGCCGCCAUGCGGGACCAUCCCGCGCAGUACUACGCGAUUUACCCGGCGGGUGGUGCCGGCGGCAGCGGCGGAGGGCCGGUGGAGGGGCCGGGGGUUCUCGGCGGUCAGCCGCCGGUCCUCGGCCACCCUACCAGUCUUCUCUACGACGGCGCCGUCCUCGCCGCACCGCACAUCACCACCACCGCCUCAGCCGCACACAUGUUUCUUGAUGACAGCAGCAGCAGUAGUAGUAGUAAUGGCAGCAGCGGCUCCUCAUUGUCAUCGACAUCAUCUGGGUAUUCAUCAUCACGCUCGAGUUCGGCAUCGGGAAGGCAACAGCAGCGACACCGCCGUGACGCAGAUGACGGUGGCAGUGAAGGUGGGAAAAAGAAGAAUUCCUCACGGCACCAUCGCCGAGGUAGCAGCGGUAGCAGGCACCGAGAACGUCGCCGUCACAAUGAACGCUCUCGACGACGCAGCACACGACGUGAUGAUAAAUCGAGGAGAAAACGUGACGAAGCUGGUGGUGGACGGCGAAAGCGCGAUCGUGAGAGUGAUGGUGAAAAGGAUCCUCGACGCCACGAGAGGAGCUCACGUAGCAAAUACCAUACAACUGAUGAAGAAGAGCGACGUCGACGACGCCAUGAGGAAUCACAGUACCAUAAUCAUCAUCAUCAUCGCUCUGAUAGAGACGGAAAAGGUGAGAGGGGACAUGGAAAGGAAAGGCCAUCAUCAUCAUCAGCACCACCGCCAGUAUCGUCCUCUAAUGUCGGUGUUGGUGGUAGUGGUUACAGCAGCGCGUACAAGGGCCGGUACGUUUUGAAUGAUGAACGUGAUAAGCGACGUGGAAAGGGUGGGAACAGUUCUGGUGGUGGUGCCGCCCCUGUUCCUGCUCCUUCCGCAUCUGAUAGGUACGAGGAUCGAAGGGAGGAUGCUCGUCAGCGUCGAUGGCGCGACGGCGAUGGACGACGAAGAAAGUAA